AUGACAUGUCUUCCCCUUCUUUUCCCAGAGUUCAGUAGGAUCUGGGCCAGUGCAUCAAGUUACCUCAGCCAACGGCUGGCUCUGCACCAGGAUGUUUACAUUCCUGGCCUUGGGACGUUUGCGGUUGUCAGACAGCAAGUAGUUAGCAAGAAGAACCUGGUGUCAGUGGUGAGACCUGUGUUUCGUCUUGCAAAGGCUAUUGUGCAAGACCAUGGCCUCCGAUACAGCCACACCGACAUUCCUGGUCAUCGACAUGUCGAGCAACUGCCGUGUGCUCAGAUAGCCUCAGACAAUGCCGUCUCUGAAAGCACAGUGCGGCAUUACAUCGAAAGGACCAUACGUCAGUUCCAAGUCUGCCUGGAGAACAAGCAGAACGUUACCCUCGUUUGGAGGGAUGUGGCCAUGGUGAUCAUCCAGGGCAAAGACGUGCACACGAAGUUUCACAUGGGCUUCUUGCAACGGCUGAACGGCACUGCCAAGGUGCUGGAAGCUCUCCUGGAGGUGGACUGA